AUGGUUGAAGAAGGAGUUUGGAGGAGGCCUGAACUCAAAAGAAACAGUAAGAGAGGAUUUACUGAUGGAAACAAAGAUAAUGUUGUUGAGAUUACAAAACUGUCUCUAUUUCUCUUCUUCCUCUCUGUCUCUGUAUUUCUCUUCUUCCUCUCUGUCUCUGUAUUUCUCUUCAUCCUCUCUGUCUGUAUUUCUCUUCUUCCUCUCUGUCUGUAUUUCUCUUCAUCCUCUCUGUCUCUGUAUUUCUCUUCAUCCUCUCUGUCUCUGUAUUUCUCUUCAUCCUCUCUGUCUGUAUUUCUCUUCUUCCUCUCUGUCUGUAUUUCUCUUCAUCCUCUCUGUCUGUAUUUCUCUUCAUCCUCUCUGUCUCUGUAUUUCUCUUCAUCCUCUCUGUCUCUGUAUUUCUCUUCAUCCUCUCUGUCUGUAUUUCUCUUCUUCCUCUCUGUCUCUGUAUUUCUCUUCUUCCUCUCUGUCUGUAUUUCUCUUCAUCCUCUCUGUCUGUAUUUCUCUUCUUCCUCUCUGUCUGUAUUUCUCUUCAUCCUCUCUGUCUGUAUUUCUCUUCAUCCUCUCUGUCUCUGUAUUUCUCUUCAUCCUCUCUGUCUCUGUAUUUCUCUUCAUCCUCUCUGUCUGUAUUUCUCUUCUUCCUCUCUGUCUGUAUUUCUCUUCUUCCUCUCUGUCUGUAUUUCUCUUCAUCCUCUCUGUCUGUAUUUCUCUUCAUCCUCUCUGUCUCUGUAUUUCUCUUCUUCCUCUCUGUCUGUAUUUCUCUUCUUCCUCUCUGUCUCUGUAUUUCUCUUCAUCCUCUCUGUCUGUAUUUCUCUUCUUCCUCUCUGUCUGUAUUUCUCUUCUUCCUCUCUGUCUGUAUUUCUCUUCAUCCUCUCUGUCUGUAUUUCUCUUCUUCCUCUCUGUCUGUAUUUCUCUUCUUCCUCUCUGUCUGUAUUUCUCUUCAUCCUCUCUGUCUGUAUUUCUCUUCUUCCUCUCUGUCUGUAUUUCUCUUCAUCCUCUCUGUCUGUAUUUCUCUUCAUCCUCUCUGUCUGUAUUUCUCUUCAUCCUCUCUCUCCCAGAAUGCACAGCAACGCAGGCCACUCCCACUAAGGUCCUCUAUUUACAGACAUUUACUACAACACAUACGGCCGUUUCCUCAACUGAUUCAGAGAUUUCUUCCAGAAGGAAUUGGCAUCUUGGAAAUUCCUGUCAGAAAACAGACUCUAUGUCUGUGUCCACAGGCAAACAGUGAGAGCACCGACACUGCCAGUC